AUGGGCAAGAAAAGAGUUCUCGUAAGCUACGGCGUGGAUAUAGAUGCCGUAUCAGGAUGGAUCGGAUCCUACGGUGGCGAAGACAGCGUCAGCGAUAUCAGUCGGGGUCUCUGGGCCGGACACGUCGGAACACCUCGUCUGCUCAAGCUUUUCGAGAAAUACAACAUCAAAGCGACGUGGUUUAUCCCAGGGCACUCACUUGAAACGUUUCCGGAAGAAUGUGCCCAGGUGCGAGAUGCAGGACACGAGAUCGGGCUGCAUGGGUACACUCACGAGAAUCCCUCGUGCAUGACACUGGAGCAGCAGCGAGACAUUCUCGACAAGACGUACAAGCUGCUGACAGAGUUCUGUGGCAAGCCACCCAAGGGCGUUGUUGCACCGUGGUGGGAGUCCAGUGCUGAGAUGGUGGAUCUGCUACUAGCCUAUGGUAUUGAAUAUGAUCAUUCGAUGUCUCAUGAGGAUUGUCAGAUGUAUUGGUUGCGGACGGGUGAUUCGUGGACGAAGAUUGAUUACAGCCAGAAGGCGGAGACGUGGAUGAAGCCACUUAUCAGGGGCAAGAUGACCGGAUUGGUGGAGAUUCCGGGUUCCUGGUAUAUCGAUGAUUUGCCGCCGAUGAUGUUUAUCAAGAAUUCGGCGAAUAGUCAUGGCUGGGUGAAUCCGCGGGAUGUGGAAGAUAUCUGGAAGGAUCAUUUUGACUAUUUUUACCGCGAGUACGAUGAAUUUGUCUUCCCCAUGACGAUACAUCCUGACGUGUCAGGUAGACCUCAUGUGUUACUUAUGCAUGAGCGGAUUAUCGAGCAUAUCAACAAGCAUGAAGGAGUUGAGUGGGUGACUUUUGAGCAGAUGAGUGAUGAAUUCAAGUCGAAGAACCAGCCACCUCCGGGGGCAUUGAUGCCAGCUAAAGCAGAGGAUGUUCCUAAAUAG